AUGAGCUCUACACUUGACGUAAAAUUGAACCGUAUUGACCGUAUCUUCCAUCCUCAUGAGACCAUUCAAGGUCAAGUGAUUAUUGCGUCACCCAAAGGUUUUUCCCAUCAGGGUCUCGCUAUGAAAGUGGAAGGAAGCGCUCGUCUACAGUUGUCCACGAAGAACACGGGACUUUUUGAGUCUUUCAACAAUAAUGUCACGGCUCUAGAGCUCGUGUACUUUCAUCUGCCGGUGGCACCAGCGGGCAAAGUCUCUCCUGGAAUUUCAAAAUUUCCAUUUGAAUUUGAACUGCAAGGCAAUGACGAUCAGGAAUUACUAGAGACAUAUCAUGGAGUACAUGUCUCGGUCAAGUACGAAAUCAUGUGUGAUUGUAUUCGUGGGAUCAUGAAGAACAAAUUGCACAAGACUUUAGAGUUUGUGGUGGAAGUUCCACUACGAGAGCCAUUACCAGACUCGCCGUCAGAAUUUCAUAUUACUCCAGCGUCGUUGGAGAAUGUUCGCCCGCAACGUCUAUCGGCGAUGCCCUAUUUCCAUAUUACGGGCAAGGUUCACCGUACAAACUGUCCGGUAAAUUUGCCGUUUACGGGCGAGAUAAUUAUUGAGGAAGCAAAGAGCCCUAUCAAGUCAAUUGAGCUUCAAUUGAUUCGCGUUGAGAGUGUUGCGCAUGCUGACGGAGUUGCUAGAGAUGCAACAGAAAUCCAAAACGUUCAAAUCGGAUGGGGAGAUGUGUGCCGUCAAAUGGCGAUCCCGAUUUAUAUGAUCUUCCCGCGCUUGUUCACGUGUCCGACAAUGCUGACUUCAGCUUUCAAAGUUGAAUUCGAGACAAAUGUAGUUGUUCUCUUCGAAAAUGGCCACAUGAUCACAGAGAACUUCCCGAUCAUAUUAUACCGAUAG